UCGCACUGGCACGCUGCCGUCACCACCACCGCGGCCGAUAUUAUGUACAAUCGUUAACCUUGAGGAGUAAACUGUAAAUUUUUAGCUAUCAUUACCAUUACACAUUACACACAGCCGACAGAAUAACUAACCGAUUGGGUGAUUAACGAACAAGACGAAGCUGCGCUCUCCGCAGCGUGCGCCAUCCACAAAUGUCGUCGGUGCGUCGCAAGUAGUCGAAAACGUCGAAAACAGUUAUUAUGAAAUUGGCAAAAUCGAAAGCCAAGUGCAGCAGAUUCAAGUGCGAUUUGAGGUUAUAGUCGGGCUUCAGGGCUGAUUAUAAUCCACGCAAAAAAUAAAUAAAUACAUCGUACGCUCGUGGUCGCAAGGAUGCAUUUUCGUCGCUUUUUAUUCUGGCUAGUGUUUGCAAUCUACUGGUGCGACGGCUUGUGUGACGAUCAGCCGGAACGUGUGGAACCUAUUCAGAAUGUGCCCCCUGAGCACCAGUAUCGGAGCAGAGAUUCUAGCAGCAGUGAGAAUACCUAUACAAUGAUUAGUAAAACUAUUUCUAAGGCUGUUAAUAAUGAAAAUUUACAUGAAACCUGCAAUAAUGAUGACUUCAGUUGCCUUUCUUUGGCUGCCAAUGACAAAUUGGGCUUGGAGGCCAUCAGGGCUUUGCAUCAGCAAUUAGAUGAUGAUGCUAAUGGCAAUAUUGACUUAUCAGAAACUGGUGAUUUUUUAAGAGAAGAUUUAAAACUAGACUCUGGCUACGAGAAGCGCCAGAAAGCCUUCCAUCACAACGAUGACAUGCACAUAUCAGUAAAGGAGCUGUGGGAAGCGUGGCUGCGAUCAGAAGUCCACAACUGGACCAUCGAGCAGACCACCGAAUGGCUGGCGACGAACGUGGAGUUGCCGCAGUACGUCGACAACUUCAUCAAGAGCAAAGUCGCGGGCGCGCAGCUGCCCAGGCUCGCGGUGAACAACAUGCAUUACUUGAGCGUCCUUGGUAUCAAAGAUCCCAUCCACAAGCAGAAAAUUUCGCUCAAAGCGAUGGACGUUGUUCUGUUCGGCCCGCCGAAAGAUGGCAGGCAUCAUUGGAAGGACGUCACGCUGAUGACCUUAAUUAUUGUCGGCGGAAUUGGCAUGUGGUACGCCAUCCAGCAGAAUAAAAAAUUUAGGCGACACCUGUCUCGUAUGAAUUGUGAUAUGGAGGGCCUGCAGAGUGCUGAGAAGAACCUGCUCACCGUGCAAAAGGAGCUGGAGCAGGCGAAGAUUGAGCAGGAGACCGUCGUCAGCGAGAAGGAGAAUCUGGUUAAGCAAUUGCAGAAGACUGCGGAGGCCGAAAUUGAGAUGUUAAGACAUGAGCUGACGCUGGCUGAGGGCGAAUUGAAAGACCGGUGCUGGAGUCCGCCACACGGCCUACAACAAUGGCUGCAGUUGACGUACGAGAUCGAAAACAAGGCCUACAUGAAAAAGAAACUCAGUGCCGAAAAGCAACUGAUCCAGGCUCGUGAGGCUUGCGAAAAACUUCGCAAGAAGCGCUCUAGCCUUGUUGGGGCGUUUGUCUCCACGCAUGGCAAGUCAAUCGACGAGGUGGACCGCUCCAUUGUGGAGGCGCGCACUUCUCUCACGGAGGUGACGCAAGAGCUGCAAGAGCGCGUCCAUCGAUGGCAGGAGAUCGAGAAACUCUGCGGCUUCCCGAUCAUCAACAACAACGGGCUACACACGCUCGAGAACACGCUCUACCGCAACAACGGGCGUGCGUUCGGUAUGCGAGGUAUUGUCCAAGCCAAAUUACUCUUGCGACGCAUGAGCAGCCAGGACGAUCUGGACGAUGAGAGCAGUUCGAUUUAUGCGCCCAGUGCAGGUAUGUUUGACUCUCUGCAAUCAUCAGCCACAUGGAAAGAAGUGGAUUCCUCCGAGAGUGAGGCCAGUAAGCAGGAAGAAGAUAUCAGUGAAUCGUCCAGACACAAUGUCAAUUUUAUCAUUGGUGGCGAACCAAGCGUGUGGGUAGAAGAAAAACCGUUGAAACAACAAUCUCAGCCUUCCAGUACAAGAAGUAUUAGCAAUAAUAACAUAGUGAUAAACAAGCCGCCGCAGCACACGGGAGUGCUGCCGCGCUCGUACUCGCAGGAGGUGGCGCCGAGCGAGCCAACAAUUCGCCCCAAGCUGGCGUUCUCCGAUACAACCCUUGAAGCGAAGAGCAAGGUGCUGUCUAAUCCCAGCAUCAGUUCGCAAUUUUCCGGCAAGCCGCCGAAGAUCAAGGAGCAGGCCGUCGAGGAGGACGUCUACUCCACCGACUCGUCUGUGAUCGACAAUAACGACGAGGUGAAGAAGAAGAAGCGAAAACUCUUCGCCUUUGGCAAGAAGAGCAAGGCCAAGGAGUAAUAUAUUCUCACACCGCUCACUUUUAACAUCCUAUUUUAUGUCCGAGAGUUUGAUUUGAAAGUGUCUUCCACGUUCUCUUGAACAACUCAGCGUAUAUUAUUAUUUAUCGUUUAUCUUAGCGAAUUUUAGUGCAAUUUACUUAAUUUUAGUGAAUAUUUACACUCAGCAGGAAUGAACUUACAGAUAUAAAAUACUGUUACUUAAUAUUUGAUCAUAGGUACUAAGUGUUGAGCACAUUAACUUACUUUUAGUUGAUUUUAUUUCGCUGAUUUUUACAAACAAACAAAAAACGAGACUGAUCUGUUGUAUUCGAAACCCAAAGUGUACUUGUAUCAGUCUUAAUCGAAACAAACGAGUAAAAUUAAACAUAAACUUAUUGA